ACGGCGAAACGGCGCGCCAGAUGCGCCGCCCGGGAACGCUGCCCGUCGCGAACAACGCGUCCGGUCACCGCGGAGGAGGAGGAGGAGGAGGGGGUAGUGGUGGUAGCGGAGCGGGAGGAGGGGUCAGAGGCGUUGUGGACGAUGGCACAGCAUCGCUGAGCGCAGCGCCGAUCGACGGGGUCACGUCCAGCGGCGCGAGAUCUCAUUACUCCAGUCACUCCUUGCGCCGUACACCGCAUUCGCAACCGCAGCUUUCCACCAGAGAGCCGGACUCGGAUCGGAUACGAACUCUGGAGUCCGGGCUUCAGAACGGAGUUCCGGUCGGUGGCCGCCAUCAGCCGUCGCCACCGCCGCUGCCCUCCAGGCAUCAGCCCAACUGCGGCCAGUCCUCGUACCCCACUCUGCCAGUCAACGGCCACGCCGCUCAUCACUACCAUCACCACACGAGAGAGCGCGAGAAAGACAGGUCGUCCGCUCGCGAGAGAAAUCGUGAGCGAGACAGCGGUCCGCCGCCGCCUCCGCCACCGCCACCGGUAACGUCGCACCGAUCCGAUAAGCACAGGGAGGCCCAGCUGGAGAUGGAGUUGCGCGACAGUCUCGACAUGGGCGUGAUCGGCACGUACCGAGCGUAGACGAUUAAUCGGACACCUCACGUUGUAAAUCGAGAAAACGGAAGACGGGAUCUGUAAUCCAAAAAUAGACGCGAUCACCGUGGACUCCUCCGCGUUGUUUCACAUAGUACGGCAAAAUUCGCAAUUGACAAUUUGAAAAGAUGACGAAGGAGACCAACGGAGACCAAUCAGAAAAAAAGUUCCUCUCGUCGCGCAACACACAAAAAAAGGAUGCAAACUAGUAAAACGCGCAGGAAGAAGACUGAUGCUGAUGAAAAAUAUCAAGAAGCGAGACCAAAAAGAUCACAUUAAAAGUGUGAUCGCCAUAUCGCCAUGAUAUACAAUCUAUUGGACUUCUAUUCGUAUACGAAAUAUUAGUACCAUCGUGGAUCGGCCAAACGCGAAUCAGUGAUACUGCGAUUAGUCGAAAGCCAACGAUCAGUGCUAUAAAAAAAGACAUCUGUUAGUUGAUAUUUUUAUUUCUUAAGUUUUCAACGGGAAAGAACAGAAGCUGAACUUUUAGAUGCAGCAUCUAAUCGCCCUCACGACACACGUCGUCGGAGAAAAAUUACAUUAAAUAUUUAUUUGAAAUCUGUAAGAUGUUUAUUAUGUAAUUUGAAUAACGCAAAGUCUAAAUUUGGGUAGUUCUUUGUGAGUUAUGCUUUUAAAACAUUUUUCGAAAUUUUUAUUCGUCCAACUUUUCAAAAUCGUGUUGGUCUUUUUUUGACUUGUAAUGACGCAUCAAACAAACAAACAAACAAACAAAAAACCAAUAGGCUCCCUAUCAAAAGAUGCGGAUAAACUUAGCGUUUAGUAUAUCUGUAAAAGAUGCCGCAUCUUUUUCGGAACGAGAUGGCAUUCCGAAAAUUAUACACCUCGUCUAUAACCCUAAGCGAUCCUUAAUAAGCCCAUCUUCCCGCGCGACUGCUCGAAGAUUAAUACCCUCACUACGUCACCGUGGGGAGUCGUCGUCUCAGAAUCCCGGAGAAAAGAAGACCCAACGGACACGGAAUGACUUUCGCCAGGAUUUUUAUCACGUCUGUCUUAUCACUGAUGACCGCAAGAUCAGCACUGUCGAGGAUGAGUGAUGCCAAACGGAAAUCCCUGGCGGGUAGAUAACCCGUGGGAAGACAGGGUCGGUCUACGAUCUCCUCCCUCCCUCCCUCUUCUUUCCCGGAAACGACGGACCAUCGGCCACGUGGAGCCUGUUGUGUUCCAAUGCGAUGCACAUGCACAAUACACGCGUAAAAAUUCUAUACGCGCGGUCGACCACUUGAUCGUGCCGAGACCGCCGAGCUCGAUCGAAACUGAAGUUCGAUAGCGCAUCGGUCUACGCCGAGUCAUUCUUGAAUCGCCGAUCCGAGGACGAGAGCUUAACGAGUCGUACGGCUCUGAGGAUCUGAAGAUCACGGUUCGGGGAACGAGCGCGACUCGUUAAGAUCCAUCGAUCGCCGCUCGAUCGUUUUAUUCCAGGCGGACGCGCAACCGAGAGUUCGUGUCGCGCGAGACGAGACGUGUAUCAUAUGCGAGGAGAUUGAUCGUACUAUAAGCAACGUAGGACGCAGCUAUAUAAAUAUAUACAUAUACAGAUAUAUAUAUAUAUAAAUAAAAAAAAAUAUAUAUAUACAUAAAUUAUAUAUAUAUUCUAAACGGUCGAAUUAUUUUCUAAAUAAAAACACCAAUGUACAGAGGCACGACGGAGACGGUAUAGUUGAGCUAGUGUGUCAACGCGUCCUCGACUAUCUUUAACUUUAAGAGAAUCUAGAUCGUCGUCGAGUUUCCGGAUACCUGUCUACCAAAAAGUGAUUAGGAGAGAAAGAUAAAAAGAGAGAGAGUGAGAGAGCGAGAGAAAGAGAAACGAUUGGUAAGCGGGUAUCCGUGUGUGCGAUUGAUCCCUCGAUCGACGAGAGAUCAAUCGGGGAUGGAGAAACUAUCAAAACGUUAUCUGAUAUCGUGGCGCGAGUUAGCGAUGUAAGGACGGUCGUUUCUUUUUCUUCUUUUUUUUAAAUUUCUGGUCGAUAUGUAAGUUAAGGGUAAGACCGCGUUAGGGAUUUAACCUUAAGAAGGUUUACGCUGUUAUUAGGGAACCGCGCAGGUUUCUAAAACGCGGAUAUCGUCCGUUCCCCUCGUUUCAACGGAUGAGUGUCUUUCAGAUCGUGAGGUCACGUCGAUCUCCAAGUGGAUAUCUCUAAGGGAAUUCUCGCGAUAAUAGCGUGCAAUGCGAACGCGCGGUUAUACUUGAAGAUUGAUCUGAAAUGUGGCAUUCUAGAAACUGAAAUCCUCUUCGUUGAUGACGCUAUCGUUACCAAAAAACGUUUAUUUCGCUCGGAUAAUAAAUAACUAAUAGACGACUAAUGAAUAGUAAUUAUUAAUUUAUUAUUAAUAAACGAGUAACAAUUCUUUUUACAAUUUUCCGAAUUUCGAUUCGAAUUUCUGAAGUUUGUUCUUCGAAGUACACGUCGUCGCGUCCGUCAAUCGCGAUCACCUCACGUAUCCCACGAGAAGAAAUCGAGAACGGCGACGUGAUCCGUUUCACCGACAUCGGGGUUUUGAAUCCUCGCGAGAAAGGCAACAUCUCCCCGCGGCUCUCGCCGCAGCAGGCCGAAUUCCAACCGGUCUGCACGCCACCGAAAUACUGCCGUUUAAUCCCCCACUGAAUCGCGGUGUCGGUGGUACCCGCCACGUGGGUAAUUUUCCGGUCACUUUUACUUUCAAUAUCACACAAGGGAAGGUAAUUCCCGCGGCGAUGCCGGCGGCGGCGCAUCGAAAAUCCCGCGGCCCUGAUAAAUCGCGGCUGCAUUAAAAUGCACGGGGCGCGGCUGAGUUUAAGUUAGUUCGCCGACCGACGUAAUGGCCGCGGUAGAGAGUGCGGGAAAGCAAAGUGAGGAGGAAAAAGAGAGAGAGAACGGGUGAGAGGCGAGGUAUAUGGCGAAGAUGUACUUUACGGAACGAGAUUAUUUUUCCGCCCGAGUGUACCCAGUGGAAUUCCACGGUCACCCGGCCUGAGAAAGGUGACUGCACCUUGAAUCGACUCUGGCGGCGGUGGUGGCGGCGGCGCGAUGCAAGCCGCUCGUUUGCUCGAAUCGCUCGCUCGCUGCUGGGCGUGGAGAGAGUGGCGGAAUUUCAGCUCCGGUAGAAUCUGCAACGGGUUCUCGAGGAUUAGGCUUCGAGGCGUUAACUUUGCGACGCAGCAGAAAUCGGACGAAAAUUGAGAACGGUUUUAAUAUUUGCAGAAGAAGGCGUGUGUUGAUUUGCACUGUCGGGCUAUCUCGCGUAAUGUCGUGAUUAUUUCCGGCGCGAUCGCUUCUCUUUCGGUCUACCUUCAGUCUCGAUAAUGAUUCGCGGAAUUGAUAUGCUCGGUAAAUUCACGAAAUUAUACUUUAAACGUGGAGCAAUGUGUGCUAAGCGUUAAAUAAGUCUUUGAAAAAAAAAAAAAAAAAAAUAUCGUGGACAGUAACGAUAGCGAAUAUCGAGCGUGAUUUAUCGCAGGUAAAUUACGGAUGCAUCGAAUGGCGAAGAAGGGAGUUACGGCGGGAGUGAAAGUUACUAUCGAUAAUGGAGUAACGUCGUCGUACGGCGCUGCCGCCGUAGGAAGAUAUAUUGCGGCUCCAUUUUUAGGUAUAACCGCAUAGAAUUCUCUUUUCUCUAUCGUGAGAUGCGUCUGCACAUGUCUCAAGGACACUCAUCCUCGCUCGUAAAACUCUUUCCACUCCGUUGACGCCGAUUUGGCAUCGGGAAUUUUAUUAUUUGAUACGCGACGCGAAUUUGUCGGAUAGAAGCGAGAUUUACGGCGUUCAACUGCGUUCCGAGGUAGGAUUAAGCGUGUACAUUGUCACUUAUCGCAAUUAAAUAGAUUGAAUCGCGAAGGGAGAGCGAAAGGUAUCCCUGUAACGAGUUUUAACUGCCCCAGUAUCGACAUCCGCAACGCAACCUUUAAGCAAUCGCUGAGAAAAUAUCGUAUCGAGGUCUCAAUGAAUCGAAGUGUACGACGAUGAUUUUUCCAAAUAGUUUCGAUGGUUUCGUAAGCAUUUCGUGCUGCAAAGAAAGCGAGCGGCUCAAAUUAUGUGUUCACAAUAACCAACCCUGGUGUUCAGAAAAUAUCGUUUUUCGAGCGAACGGCUCUUGGAAGUAUGUAAGUUCGAUGCAAAAUCAAACCGCGUAAUCUACGCUUUUCGAUAACGUGAAAGUCCACGUCAUUGAAAAACGUCGAUUUCGAAAAAAGAUUCAGACCAUUAUUUCCGCUCAACUUUUGACUGUCACGAAGAAGAGCCGAGCACUUUUUGCACGUUACGAUACGAUUUCUAUAUUUUGUACCAUACAAUUUUCGAUAUUUUACGGUGCACGUCUCGACGUACCAUAAAACCGGUGUUAAAGACUGCUUUAAAAUUCGCGAGAGUUCGCGCUACGCUCGUUUUACAGAAUAGGUUUUGCGGAAUAAAAAGAGAUGGCGGCAAAAAAGGUAAACUUCUACUCUAACAUAAGCAUAACUUUUCUUGAAAAUGCGAUUACGUUUAUAUACACGGGCAGAAAUAUUAUAUUUGUAUACAUAAAGGAUUGCAAUAUCGCUACGCUGCAUCGUGCAUCUGAGGAUGCGCGUAAUGCACGUUCGGUGACGCGAGCUCUCGUGAAUUGAUGCACCAAAGACGAGACGACGGCCGAAGCAGCGUUUCCGGCAGCUCCAACGUCGAAACAUCGACGGAGAGAACUUGCAUAGGGACGUAUCUAAUUUCGUAAGUUCGAGAACCAACCGAAAUAUCCGGGAAAACUUUGCUUCCGGGGAAUUUUCGCUCGGCGUCUUUAUCUUCGUCGAACUUUGCAAAUCGAAGGAGCUUCGCGCGACGCACGCGACGUAACGCUCGCGCAGUCUCGUACAAGGCUCUCCCGAACGAUAAUCUCAUUUCUUCUGAAAUGCUUAUUUCGCACUGCUCAUUUCACGCGAGAGACCUUUUUGUAUCUUCUUAUUUGCGACACGAGAUACGAUCUCCUUCGUCGAGACACGACGAUACGAAAAAGCGUAUUGUGCGCGUCUUCCGCGAGACGCGACACGUUUGUUUUUCCAUGUACCGUCAUUUUAAUGAAAUAUUGUUCUCUCUCACAUUUCUUAAGGAUGUAUGUAUUGCAUCUCAAAGCAUUACCAAAUGUAAAAUCUAAAAUGUAAUUUGAUAGAGUGUUCUAUUAUUGCAUUGUUAAAUCUCAUCUGUAAAAUUUAAACGCAAUUCUCUUGAUUUAUUUAAUUUUCUGUUUCCUUGUGAUUGGUAUCAUAAAAUCGCAUUUUGCAGUACUCAUUUGUAAAUUUAAUGAGGAAGUAGCAUUACUAAUUAAAUCAAGUUUCUUAUAUAUCUUAUAUAUUUUUCUUGACGAAAUUGUACAAAAUUCUUCACACAAGCAAAUUGUUUAACUCUAUGUACAAUCUCAUUCCAAUAUUUCGAAAAUAAAGAUUGACAUUUGUGCACAGGAAAAAAGGAACGUUCUUGUUUCUCAUAACAAGAAUGUUCCUUUUUCCCGUGCUCAGAUGUCAAAUAUUGGCACGACGAUGAAAGAGCAUUCGGAGAAAAAUGAUUGAAAAAAUAUAUAAUAUAUUUCAUGGAAAUUCUCAUUAAAGUGACGAUAGCGUUCAUUUUUGUGUACUUAUACCUUCGUGUAUUUUAUGCGUAUUUUAUGCGUAAGUUACGACACGCGUAUUCCAUUUAAUUCCUACCAAAUUCGUAUUGCGAUAUCGCCGAGAGUCGUUAACAGCGUGGACAGUGUGCAAGCGGCGCCUAAGUUUAGAAUCAUUGGAUAUAUUUUCUCACCCGUACAAUCGGUCUGGGGCUUUCCCCGUGAUUUGCGAUCCCGGUUAACUCUUAACUGUACCGAGGCGAGCCAUCGGAUAAAUCUUAAGUAGCGUAUUUGUAAUUAAAAUGCAUUGUAAAUGUGUCGGGGUUCAAGUAUCAUAGGUAGUUCCGAGCGGAAAAGAGAGAAAGAGAGUAUUAAAAGGCCGUCGCGUUAGGAGCGGGACGGCAAAAAGUGUAUAUUUUACGAUAUGACCGUCAUACUAAAAAUCACUAAUGUAACGUUAUCGUAUCGCUAGUCAGUUGACGCGUUUCCAAAAAAAAGAAAAAAAAAUAGCGGAAAGAAGAAGAGAAAAGGGAAGAAGCGAAGCGUAAAAAGCGAGGAGCGUUCGAAACGAUCGAGUAAAAUUAAUCGAGAUAUUAAAUUAUAUUGUACAAAAUUGAGCGCCGGUAGUUCUUAAGGCCUAUUAUAUCGUUUUUCUCCAUUUCGUAUCGACUGCGUGUGACGAUACGCGCAAUGUUAAAGUGAUACGUACGAGCGAGACGUGUGAGAAAAUGUUUUAUAAGGGAUAUAAGCUCAAUAUUAAGUACGAUUGAAUCUCACGAAGAGGCGUCCGUUCGCACUCCCCCGUAAAAAUAUAUCGAACAGAGAUAUUGAAACAUCCCCGAUAAACACACGAAAUAAAAAUAAAAAUCUCGAAGUAAUCGGAGAUGCGGACGCAGAACCAUUCGUACGUUCCGUCUUUCAGUAUCUAACAUUCCUUGCGAAAAUAUUGUCUUGUUGCGUAACGUGUCUAUUCUACUUAUAAUAUCACGUAUAUGUUUUCAUCCAUUCCUUAAUGUCUCGCUCGUAUAUUUCAUUGUGUGACCCUAAUCGGCGGCGCGCCCGCGUCAAAGGGCGUGCGCGCGCGCGCGUCACCACUCUCGUCUCAUAUCUCGUCAUAACACACGACUCAUCCGAGUUCCUUCUGCCGUUCGAGAGAUAAGCUCGAGUUCUGCCAUUCGACCGCGAGCUCGCGACGACGCCGUUAUCGGGCGGCGACAGGGUGUCGAUUGACGAAUUCCGCGUACUUAGCGGCGCGCAAUGCAAUCUCUACUCGCCGGAGGUGCCGGGAUGUGCAAGCACCUGGUCCUUAUCGGCGCCACUCGAUAAACUUAGUAUCAAUGCGCGCUCUGUGCCAUUGUGAUCGCGAUGCCGGACGUAGGCAUGCAUAUGAUAAACGGGCAACUUACGCCGUGAAAAGGCAAGCGUAUAACGGUCGAUCCUCCGCGCGUAACGCGCGUCCGGCGCGACCUUUAUUUAUCUUUAGAGAAAUCGAAAAUUCUCUUCGUGAUAUUUUAAUUUUAAUUUUAUUUUUUUACGCGACUGUGUGAUCGUUAACGACGAUCUCUCGCGAAUUUUCUGGAUGAUGAACCCGCAUCGGUCCUGCAUCUCGCGCACGUGCGUUCCAUUUUGAAAGAAUGUAAAAAUUACGGAGAUACGGACGUGUUAUAGCUUUUUUUUUCCUGCUAAGUACUCGAUUCUUUUGAAUGUACGCAUUCGAUCUAGGAGGAAAGUAAUUUCGCCCACGGUGGUUUCGCGAACGAAUGAAUUUCAAAUGAAUUUCCCUUCGUUGAUAAUGCCCCAUGUAUCGAAUUUAAACGACCUAAUCUUAUAUUGUGAUAUAUUACAUAUAAUAUAUAGUACUUGAUUCUCGCACUUGGGUCUGACUCAAGUGGAAUCGUGAAUCUCGUCGGAUAAAUCGGGCGGUAUUAUAUGCACAUUCCAUGAGAGAUCGUAUAUCAUUAGGGUGAUACUUCGCGCUUCUCCAGGAUGGCGGAACUUAAAGCUUUUUCUAUCGAUCGAUCUAUCUUUAGGCGAUUGUGUAUAAAUUUUUUGAUCUCGUCUCCACGCACUUUAGAUUCGGAGAAUAGAUCAAUAGAGGAUCCGUUCCGAGUCGAGAUUUGAUCGGCGGACAAGCCGGCACACGUACACGUACACACACAUACCUACACACAUGCACACACUACACUGUACAUUCGUGUAAAGCAUAGCGAAGCCUUAUUGAGAAAGCAAUAUUCAUCCUUAAACCGCUUAAAGUAUUUUCAAGCUGCUAAUCUAUCGAGCAAUUUCUUCCUACGCUAGAUAAAAGGGAAGAAGAAGAGAACGUCUCCUUCGAGGCGAAAACGGGAAGGACUCGACGAUCGCGGGGCUCGGUUUCGCGAUCGGCGGUGGUCCGAACUCGCGCGAGAGGACUGUGAAGCUGCGAGCCACGGGAUAACGCGUGCGAUUAUCGCGGACGACGGCAACGGUGGUGCGUCGAGCUGUGAAAAACACCGCUUUUCGCGCAUUUUUCGAAAUGAUUAUGUCGCCCGCGAGAGUCUACGGAAGAACGACCGUGCUAUCGACCGAAACGAAUUAUGGCGGGAAAAAAAAACAAAGAGAGCGCGCGCAACUUUCCGAAACGGCGUUAGAAUGGGAUUGGGAGGACAAGUUUAAUUAUCGAACUCCACCGCGGCCGCGUAAACACGCGCGAAAUUUUGUUCGCGCGUAAAAAGCAUUGAAAAAGUUCGAAAACGACCGCGCGUUGACCUAAGGCACGCUCUGAAGUACAUCCCACUGCAAAAAAUAAGAUGGGAACGGGCAAAAAACCGCGAGCCAAGUGAAAACUAAAUUAGACUCCUAAGUCGCCGCCGAGUGGUGGACGUAUACCUGUGUGGAAAUAUCAGCGGGAAAUGCUUGAAAGAAAAUCCAGGAGAGCCCUUUCUUUCUUCAGAGCACGCUCCUUUCCUUCCUUCCUUUUCGACGCGAUAGCGGCGAUCGGAAUUCGUGGGAGUUUUUCCGCGAUAAACCCCCGACGCGCGCUCUCCCAAACGCGAUCCUACCGUAACGUUUAUUAAUCGAUAACCGCUCUCUCGCGUCCGAGGCCGGCAAUUCCGGCCGCAAAUUGGCGCAGCGGGACAUUCUCUCUCUCUUUUUUUAAAUACAUUAUUAAACGGCCGCAUCGCGUUUCGGAGGAGGAUGGCCAGCAGCGUAAUCUCCGGAUCGGCGGAGGGUGAUUAUCAUUUCCGCGCGCCACGUAUCACACCAAUUGUCUCGCGUACUAAUCGCGACGGUCGUCGAUGUCGUUACACCGUGGGUACAAGUGGCACAGCUUCCUCGCGAUUUCCCCCCGCUGUAAAUACAUCCCUCCCUCUCUCUCCCCCCGAAUUGCCCCUCCCCCCCUCUACUCCGAGGGUGGUAGUAGACGGUCCGCAUUUUCGCCGCGCGUUGCCCGACGCGAAAGUCGCGAUCUUAAUAAGAGAAAUUCUUUUUAUCCAAAUUUAAUUCCUCCCCGGUUUAAUUCUCAUUUCGUCGAACUUGAACCGAAAUCCCAUCUCUCGGAACCGUAUGCGUCGAGUGGUGAACACGUUAAUCGUCAAACAAUGAAAAUUUCAUUUUUUUUGUUUUUCGAUUUCUAUCUCAAGACGCGAGCAAUAAUUAUCAGAUAGAGAUAACUCGAGAUCAAUUCAAAUACAGAACGCGCGCGGGGAUGAUGCGGAGCGACACGCACACGCACACACACAAAACCACGCGUUUAACGAAAUUCCCAUUUGUCGCCUAUACUCGAUUUUCUCUUCACUUAACUGAGAAUCCUUCAUUAAGGUGUGUACCAUAAAGGCGAGUAAGGCGCGGACGUGUCACGUCCCGCCGAUCUCGCGGCCUUCUUUUCGUCCGCUUUCCGGUGGAGGAGGAGCCGAUCCGGUCGCGAUCGGCCUGUGUAAAUAUUAUUCGUCGCAUUUGUGCACGGCGAGCACGAGGGAAAAAAAGAAGGCGAGCGGGAGAGGCGCGUGGCGCUCGUGUUUUUCGGCUAGUAAAAGACAAGCGAGCGUACUCCGACUCUUCGAACCGAGCGAGAAGAGGGCUGUUCUCUUUCGAGGAAAAGUGGGAGUCCCCGGGCCAUAACAUAGGUCAUUAAUAAUAACAUAAUAAUAAUAGUAAUAAUAUUAAUAGGGAUAUUUCAGCGUUAUUUUGUACAUAAACAACUUUAUCAACGGAUAUUAAGAAGUCAUCAAUAAAUCUAUAUAUAAAAAAAG